AAAGUGAGUAAGUGACACACGUGUGGCAAAUUCAAGAUGGCUGAUCCUCAGGAGAUUGAUCAAACACAAAUGGAAGGCGCGACAGAGUCUCUGGAAGAGGAACAACCUAAGCCAAUGGAAGAAGAACAAUCAAAAGAUGAGACUGAAGAGGUCGCCCAAAAAGCGAAAGAAAACGGACACGAAACAGAUGAAGCUGCACCUCGAGUUGAAAAUGAGGAGGAGAAAGGCAAGGCUUUAGAAAUUGGAGAUAAAGUUGCAAAUGAGGAAGAUACCACUGAAGGCAAACCUACCGGGGACACACAAGAAAAGGCAUCUGAAAACCCCAAGGAAGAAGAGAAAGGUCUCGGAGCCACAGUUGCAAAGCAUUACAACGAGCACAAGGAGCAUACUCGUGAAGAGAGAAAAACUUCGCCCAUAUUUUAUCUCAGAAACUUCAAUAACUGGGUUAAAAGUGUCUUGAUCAAUGAAUUUAUGGAGAAAUAUAAAAGGAGGACUUUUCGAAACCUGUCCGUGUUAGAUAUUGGUUGUGGAAAAGGAGGAGAUUUGAUAAAAUGGCAGAAAGCAAGAAUUUCAAACCUUGUUUGUGCAGACAUUGCUGAAGUAUCUAUGAACCAGUGUGAACAAAGGUACCGGGAUUUAAGAUACGGAAGAAAUAAUCGACGCUAUAAUCAAACACAGAAAAUAUAUGAUGCACAGUUUAUUACGGCUGAUUGCACUAAGGAAGACAUAAGCCAGAAAUUUAACAGUCGAAAUAGGGAGGUUGAAUUUGACAUGACCAGUUGUCAAUUUGCUCUACAUUACGCUUUCGAGUCCCCGGAACAGGCCGAGAGGAUGCUACAGAACGCCUGUGAACGACUCAAACCUGGAGGUUACUUUAUUGGAACGAUACCUUGUGCAAACGAAAUCAUAAACCGUGUGCGACAAUCCGAAGGAAUGUCAAUCGAGAACGAUUGUUACAAGAUCACUUUCACGGAAAAGGAGAAUAUCGCCUUGUUCGGACACAAAUAUGACUUUCAUCUAGAAGGAGUCGUCGACUGCCCGGAAUUUGUUGUUCAUUUCCCGCUUCUGGAAAAAAUGGCGACGAAGUUUGGCCUCACGCUUGAACUUGCGCAGGGAUUUCAUGAUUUCUUUGAGGAUCAUAAAGAUAAAGAUGAUUAUAGAUUUCUUUUAAACAGAAUGAACGCUUUGGAGACGUAUCCUCCAAGACGGGAAGGGGACAAACUCGCGUCAGAAAACGAAGAUGCUUAUCUUCAAGCGAAGGAGUUUUUAGGCGAAGCAGAUGAAAACGACGAGAGGAAACAAGUGGGGACGCUAAGUAAAGAUGAAUGGGAAGCGACAGGACUGUACAUGGCUUUCGCUUUCAAGAAAGCAGAGCAAAAACUGGAACAAACUCCUUCCGAAGAGGUUCAGGCCACUCAAGUUUCGAACACUGGGCAGUCUGAACAACAAACUGAGAAAAUGGAGGGCGACAAAGAAGACGCGGUAAAAGAUGUCGAAGAACAGAAAACUGAAGCUGAGAUGGUUAAGGGUGGCGAAGGCGACAAAAAUGACGGAGAUGCCGACAAAAAGGAAGAUCACGAAAUGGAAGUCGAAGAUGUCGACAAGGAGAAAAUUGGUGACAAAAAGGACGAAGAUUCUGAGAUAGAUGCCGAAAAAUUGGACAAAAGUGGCGCGAAUGACGAGGAUGUCGACAACGACCAAGACGCCGACAAAAAAGACGAAGUUGAGGAUAAUAAAAGCUCGGACGUAUUUCAGGGGGGCGAGACUAGCGAACAGGGGGGCGAGAAAGAAGAGGAAACUGAAAUGCCGACGCCACAACGGGGGGGAAGGAGAAAACGGUCGGCGGGGGCAGCGAAGGAUGAGGCCCCCACCCCUAACGAGGAAAGCCCGGAAACCAAGCGCACCACCAGAAAGAGAAAAUCAGCUGGGGGCGACGAAGAGGAACCUCCCGAGAAAAAGAAAGCUUGAGUGGUUGGAAGUUUUUUAAAUGCACCAAUGAAUGUCUAGCGUCCAAGAGUCUCUACGAACUCUCAAGUUUAUGGUAGGCACACGUUAUUCUCAGAAACGCGUUUGAAGACGUUAACAGAACGGAGUUUAUUUUGAACAUAUAAAUCGUACGCAUGAAUUCGAUAGAAUGAAUUCUGUUCUCGCUGUGUAUGUAAUUCCCGUCGCCAUCAUUGAAUUGGUCAUCGUACAAUAGUUUUUAAAACCCUUCACUUUGUAUUGUGUUUAGAAGACGUAAUAAAUAUACACGUAGGGUUGGCUUGUAA